AUGAUGGAGUAGCUAUUAGCCAGGCUGGCCGCCUUCGACGGAGUCGAUGGUGACGCCACGGCAUCGACGUACGGGGCCACGCUACACUGUGGCACGCUCCAUAUGCUAAUCCGCGGUUGCAGCAAGCGGAGGAACAUCAGAUCCGCCGACUUCAAGGUCGGCGGCCACAUCUGGGCUCUCUCCUGCCGUUUCGACGACCAGCAACUCGUGUCCGUCUCCCUGAAGCUGCUUCACACCGAUGCCGUCAUGGACGUCGUCGCCAUGGCCACCCUCUGGAUCCAAAGCCCGGGGGACAGAUGGAGGACCGCCGAGGGGUGGAGCGACUACAUCAACGUCUUCCCCGCUUGACCCUCCUUAUCAUCCAUGGCUACUUGUAGACGUUGGGAGCUGCCUCUCCCCGACACGCUCCGUGGCUUGCACCGUCUCGACGUCUACUGCAAGGUGCCUGUCCUCUGGGAGGACACCGACAUACCCAAAAAUGCAGACCAGAUCUCCAUGGUGUCGCCGCCCACGAUCUCCAGAGAUCUUGGCAAGCUUGUUAUGAUUCAGGGGGAGGGGGAGCCCCAGACGAAGUUGGAGUUGUCACGGAGGCAUUGCAUGUUGCCGGACGUGACCUUCAUCAUUGAGCAGACCGAGAUCCAUGCGCACAAGACCGCGCUUUCCAUGCGGUCACCGGUCUUCGCCGCACAGUUUCGAUGGCACACGACAGAGAGCACCGCGCGGGUCCACGACAUAAGUGCCUCCACUUUCAGGGCCAUGCUGCACUUCAUCUACACCGAUCAGCUCGAAUUAAAGAGCGCUGAUGGUGGUCGUGUGGCUAUGGCGCUCGACCUACUUGUGGCGGCAGAUCGGUAUGAUAUCGGAAGCCUGAGGCUCAUGUGUGAGAACAUAUUGUCCGAGAGCAUGGGUGUCGUGUCAGUCAUGUCGACAUUGAUGGAGGUCCAUGGCCGGCAUAGCUGUCGGGCGGUGGAGGCCUUGUGCAUCGAGUACAUGGCAUCAGAUCCCGCCGUGUACGCAGCCGUGAAGGCGACAGAGGACUACAAGGAGCUAAAGGAGAGUUGCUACUCUUCCGUACUCGAGGUCGUCGAGAAAGUAGCAGCCGUCAACAUGGCUCAUAACAUGUGCUCCAAUGCUCCUUCUUCCUCCAGCAGUCGGCCGCAGAUGAAUGCGGCCACGUAUUACUCACUGGAGGUUGUCGAGGGAACACACAAGUUUAAAAUUCCCGGUUUUCUCUUUGUGCAAAGGAGGCAUGGAGUUGGGAAAGAAAUCAGUUCAGAAGCUUUCCAGGUUGGUGGUUACAGUUGGAAGAUAAAGGUAUACCCGUCGUCAUCAUCAGAGAAGGCACAAGGGCACAUCUCCGUGUAUGCUGAGCUGUUGACUGAUCCUGGAACCGAAGGUGUCAAUGUGACAUUGGGCUUUAAGUUGGAUGGUCAUAGUGGCCAGUCACGCCAUUUGAUAAAAUGGUCAGAGAAAACCUUUACAACCAAGUCAGACCGGGGAUAUGCGAAGUUCGUCACCGUUGAAGCCGCCAAGUCAUGGCACCUAGCACGUGAUGCCUCCCUUACCGUAUGUUGCGAUGUUGCCAUCACCAAGAAGGUCUACACUAGCACUACUAGCACCAGCACCGUCGGCACCGGAGCCCCAAUGCCACUGUCCAAUAUUACCUCGCACCUGAAGCAGUUGCUGGUGAGCGAGCACGGGUCGGAUGUAAGGUUCCUGGUCGAGAACAUCGAGCUCCGCGUCGUGAUCGCCGCACGGUUACCAACCCUAUGUGAAAUGAUGAUGAUGGGCAUGAAGGAUGGCGACGGCAUACCGGUUGAUGGCGUGACAGUUGCGGUUUUCAAGGCUGUGCUCCAUUUCAUCUACACCGACGAGCUGCCUCCUAUUCAAGACCUAACCCAUGAUGGUGCUGCCCAAGAUGAGGUGAUGAUAGCCGAAGAUAUGUUGGUUGAGGCGUGUUGGUUCGGUCUAGGCAGGAUAAAGGCCAUGUGCGAGAAUCUGCUAGCCGGAUUAAUCGACUUGGAAGAAGAUGCACUAAGCACGCUAGAGCCUGUCAGCGAUCUCCAAUGCUCGAACCUCAGAGAUUACUGCAACCAGUUCAUCGCGUCGAUGAGUAAUUACAUCAUAGUCGACUCAUCGCAAAUAUAUUGAUUGAUUUUCUUAUUUCGGUCGCAGUUUCACCAUGUGCACAUAGUCACUUCACCUUUAAAACACUGGCACUUUGUUAAAAUGGUGGAUGUCGCUU